AUGUCAUGGCACCCCCAGUACCGGAGCUCCAAGUUCCGCCACGUCUUCGGCAAGCCGGCCAGCAAGGAGAACUGCUACGACGCGGUGCCCAUCACCCACAGCGUCCACGACAAUCACUUCUGCGCCGUGAACCCCCACUUCAUCGCCGUGGUGACGGAGUGCGCCGGAGGGGGCGCCUUCCUCGUCAUCCCCCUGCACCAGACAGGAAAGUUGGACCCCCACUACCCAAAGGUCUGCGGGCACAGAGGGAACGUCUUAGACAUCAAGUGGAACCCGUUUGACGACUUUGAAAUCGCCUCUGCUUCUGAAGAUGCCACGAUCAAGAUCUGGGCCAUCCCCAAGCAGCUGCUGUCGAGGAACUUCACGGCCUACCGGAAGGAGCUGGCGGGCCACUCCCGCCGGGUGGGCCUGGUGGAGUGGCACCCCACGGCGGCCAACAUCCUCUUCAGCGCCGGCUACGACUACAAGGUGAUGGUCUGGAACCUGGACACAAAGGAGUCUGUAAUCGCGAGCCCCGUGAAGACAAUCGACUGCCACCAAGACGUGAUCCUCUCCAUGUCCUUCAACACCAACGGCAGCCUGCUGGCCACCACCUGCAAAGACCGCAAGAUCCGGGUCCUGGACGCCCGAGCGGGGACCGUCCUCCAGGAAGCCAGCUACAAGGGGCACCGGGCCAACAAGGUGCUGUUCCUGGGGAACCUGAAGAAGCUGCUGUCCACAGGCACCUCCCGCUGGAACAACCGGCAGAUCGCCCUGUGGGACCAGGACAACCUCUCUGCACCGCUCACCGAGGAGGACCUGGACGGCUCCUCGGGCGUGCUGUUCCCCUUCUACGACGCGGACACCAGCAUGCUCUACGUGGUGGGCAAGGGAGACGGGAACAUCCGCUACUAUGAGGUGAGCGCCGACAAGCCCCACCUGAGCUACCUGACGGAGUACCGCUCCUACCACCCGCAGAAGGGGAUCGGUUUUAUGCCAAAGAGAGGUCUCGAUGUGUCCACCUGUGAGAUCUUCCGCUUCUACAAGCUGAUCACAACCAAAAGCCUCAUCGAGCCGAUCUCCAUGAUUGUCCCCCGGCGGUCGGAAUCCUACCAAGAGGACAUCUACCCGCCCACGGCAGGGGCCCAGCCCUCUCUGACGGCCACGGAGUGGCUCAGCGGGAUGGAUAAAGGGCCUGUCCUGGUGUCCCUUCGGCCCGGCUCCGAGCUGCUGAGCCCUCGGUCUCUGCCCCCGGAAAGACCUCUCUCCAACUCCCUGCCCCCUGCCUCGCCCCACCUCCUGGACCAGACGGCAGUGCUGGCUGCAGCCGAUGACCGGAGGCCCUUCUCUCUGCCCGAGGAGAAGGCGCCACGGUGGACGGCAGGACACAGGCUGGAGGAGAAGAAAGCGUGGCUCACGAACGGCUUUGACAUCUUUGAAUGCCCCCCACCAAAGACGGAGAACGAGCUGCUGCAGAUGUUCUACCGGCAGCAGGAGGAGAUCCGGAGGCUCCGGGAGCUGGUGACCCAGCGCGAGGUCCAGGCCAAGCAGCUGGAACUGGAGAUCAAAAACUUGCGGAUGAGCUCGGAAUGGUCCUGA